UCCUGCAGAGUCUGGCCGAUCGUCCGACAGAGAACUGGUGCGAGCAACGACACAACACAAAAACAAAACAUAAUGGCUUCCAUGUUGCUGAACUCCAUGCGGAGCUGCUCUGUCAGCCACUCUUGGGCAAUGCGAUUUGGUGCACGCUCUCUCAGUGCGACGGCCCCACUUCAGGCUCAGGUUCAAACAAAGAGCAAGAAGACACUGGCUCGCCCUGGUGUGAAGAACAUUGUGUUGGUGGAGGGAGUUCGAACCCCUUUCCUGCUGUCUGGAACCACGUAUGUCGACCUAAUGCCCCAUGACCUGGCCAGAGCAGCUCUGCAGGGACUGUUAAACAGGACAGGUGUACCCAAAGAUGCUGUGGACUACAUCAUCUAUGGAACAGUCAUUCAGGAGGUCAAAACCAGCAAUGUAGCAAGAGAGGCAGCAAUGGGUGCAGGUUUUUCUGACAAGAUCCCAGCUCACACCGUCACCAUGGCUUGCAUCUCUUCCAACCAGGCAAUGACUUCAGCUGUUGGUCUGAUUGCUGCAGGUCAGUGUGACGCUGUUGUGGCAGGCGGAGUGGAGUUCAUGUCCGACGUCCCAAUCCGUCACAGCCGUAAGAUGAGGAAGACUAUGCUGUCCCUCAACAAGGCAAAGACUCUUGGCCAGAAGCUCAGUCUCAUUGGCAGCAUCCGGAUGGCACACCUCUCUCCAGAGCUUCCUGCUGUGGCAGAGUUCUCCACAGCAGAGACGAUGGGCCACAGUGCCGAUCGUCUGGCUGCUGCGUUUGGGGUUUCCAGAGUGGAACAGGAUGAGUUUGCUGUGCGAUCACACAGUCUGGCCAAAAAGGCACAGGAAAGUGGGCUGUUGGAGGAUGUCAUCUCUUUUAAAGUGCCAGGCCGUGAUAUUGUGUCAAAAGACAACGGCAUACGACCAUCAUCCAUGGAGCAAAUGGCCAAACUAAAGCCUGCCUUUAUUAAACCUCAUGGCACAGUCACUGCAGCCAAUUCUUCUUUCCUGACUGACGGUGCCUCUGCUGUGCUGAUCAUGUCUGAAGAGAAAGCUUUGGCUAUGGGGUACAAGCCUAAAGCCUAUCUCAGAGACUUCGUCUAUGUUUCACAGGACCCUAAAGAUCAGCUGCUUUUGGGGCCAACAUACAGCACACCUAAAGUCCUGGAACGGGCUGGCCUGUCCAUGAGUGACAUCGAUGUCUUUGAGUUUCAUGAGGCAUUCGCAGGUCAGAUAAUGGCAAAUCUGAAGGCUAUGGACUCAGACUGGUUUGCUCAGACAUACAUGGGCAGGAAAUCAAAGGUUGGAACUCCUUCCAUGGACAAGUUCAACCUGUGGGGAGGUUCUCUGUCUUUGGGUCACCCGUUCGGUGCCACUGGCUGCAGACUGGUAACCACAGUGGCACACCGGCUGAAGAAGGAGGGAGGACAGUACGGACUGGUGGCAGCUUGUGCUGCUGGAGGACAGGGGCAUGCCAUGGUGAUCGAGGCCUACCCACAGUAACAGAACACCAUCUGCAACUAGAUCUUCAUCUUCAUUACAACGGCUAAACAAACACACACUCACAUCUGGACAACCGAGUGUACAUAUUAGCACCAUUUUGCCUUCGUCAGAAUAAGAGUCAGAUGCAGUAUGUGGGUGUUUGAAAGAUCUUGUUUAAAUUCAUUGCUUAGAGGCUUUAAAUUAAAACAGAAUGUUGUUGAGGUGCGUUUUGUCUGCACAGUAACUGAAUCUAAUGUAAUAUAGCAAAGUUGAAGCACUCAGCUGGAGCCACAGUGAUCCUAAUGUUUAUAUACGCUGUACUAUUUCUUUUUAUUGCGAACUGUUCGAAUUAAAUGUGCCAGUUUGAUGAUGGCCAUGUUGACAUCAGGCA